UCAAAUAUCCUUCUUCUUUUUACUUGCACACCGGCCAUUCUCAUCGCAAGCCUUCACCACCAUGGAACCUCAUUCUCCUCCUGAAAAUCAGAACGUCCUAGAUUAUAACUCCAACGUUGACACGUCCCGUCCCUUCCGCUCCGUCAAAGAAGCAGUCGCUAUCUUCGGCGAGCGGCUUCUUGUGGGAGAAAUUUACUCUCAAAAGCCUUAUGGGAAGGCUCCAAAGGAAGAAACUUCAUGGAAGUUCUCAUCAACUCCCUUCAAGCUGGAUGAUCAGAAAGUUGAGGAUCAUAAUGAACAGUACUUGCUUUUAGACUCUCUGAAGAAGCUGGAGGCCCAGCUCGAGGAAACGAAGGUGGAGCUGAAGUUGCUGAAGGAGAGAGAGUCCGAAACUGAGGUCGCACUGGCUUCGCUAAACGCUGAGCUUCACAAGAACAUGUCAAAGUUGGCGGAGGCCGAAGCGGCUGCGGCUGGAAAGGCAAUGGGUACGAGAGAGAUCAGGAGUACUUUUGGGAGAGCAAAUAGUACUGGGAUAAGAGAGGAAGAGAAGAAGAGGGAGUUGAUGUUUAGGAUGCAGGCGGACUCGCCAACUUUGGCUCAGAUAUUAAGCUUUGGAGAGGAAGGAUAUUUUGGAGGGAGACAGGCAGAGAAGAAGAAGAUGAAGCCUAUUAUUCCUCUGGUGGGAGAUUUAUUUUCCAGGAAGAAACGGUCAUCCACUGCAUGCUAUGCAUGAUAGCACUCACUGAUCAUCAGUCUUCUGAUCUUUGUAUAAUUAUUAAUUGAGAUCAUCGAUAUGUAUGCAUUUUCCUUUCUUUUAUAUUAUAUUAUAUAUUCUUGGCUUAAUUAAGAUCAAUAUCAUGUAUAAGAACAUUAACGUGGUUUGUUGUUGUUGUUGUUAUUUUUUCCUCCAUGAAAAAUGUAUGCAAAUGCAGCUAGCUAUAAUUUAUUGCUAUUCAA